UGGAACAAUCACUACUGUUGGCCCGGAAAAUGUGGUGACGAUCUGGCGAGAGAAUGCACUUGCGCUCCAACUUUCAAAAUUAUACAGCAAAGUGGAGAAACUUCCUGUCAGCCUAAAAAGCUACCGUCUAUUUUAACAUGUGGAACGGUUGCGAUUGGUCCUAAUAUGGAGAAGAAACAGGCUAGAAGCAGUACACAUUCUACAGAGUGUAAAUAUCUAACUGAUAUGUACGGUAACUUUCAGCCGUCGUAUUUCAAGUUUGAUCUGGCUGCGGAAUAUACCAUCGACAUUAAAGGCUAUUUGACACCGGAUUUCAUAAGUGAAUCAAAGUUUGGUAUAACAGACUUUGCUACAAAUGUCGUCAAAAUCCUUUUCGAUGGAAGGCGUUCUGCGGGAAGUCUUAUCAAUCAUUUAGUGGACAGAUCUUCAAGCGUUAAUUGUAAUCAGACACAUUUUGACUCAGAUAAUAUUACCGUUACCUCUGCUAACUUUGAUCUUCAAGAUGGUCAAGCAUUAUGUCUUCAAUUCCGCGUGGAUGCAGGUGGUUACCUAAAGAGCAAAAAUAUUAUCACACACACAACUUCUGACGCAGUACCUUAUCAAAAGGUCAGAAACACUCGUGAGCUUUGCUACAAAUAUGAUAUCUCACCUGCAAUGCACUGCCGAGAAAAGGGACAUUGCAGUUACUAUCCAAUUCAAUUUGAAAGCCGUGUGACGCGAUCUACAGAUAUCGAUGUACGUUUUAUUGGUUGGUUUGAUCCGGUUCCAUCUGGUGGAAAAUCGAACCAGGCAUCAUCUAUUGAAAGUUAUCAGUUAACGGUUAACGAGGUUACUGUAUCAACACACAACAUACAGGUUAAUUACCUGUCACGUGUGUAUACAAAGAAGGUUGAUUUCAAUACGAAGAGAAUAUCGCUAAACCUGACCUCUGAAAAACCUAGAUUAUACUGUCUUACGUUGGAAGUAAAAGAUGUGGCUGAUAAUGUAAAACAAGCACGGCGAUUCAUCUUGUAUGACAACUCGUCUUUUAUUGAAACCUGGGACGAUAAACCAUUUUAUGUCACAUCAGCUUCGAUACAAACCAACUAUAAAUGGCAGACUCAUCAUCAUGACAUAUGUCUUAAUUGGAAAGAUCAUUUUCUCAACCGAUUCUACUUCGACAACCCUUUGCUAGACCCCAUUGCACCGGAACCUCAUGGAUUAGUUUCUGGCAUUUAUGAACAAAACGAUGGCUUACUUCCAGUUUCUGGUACUCCAAACGUGUAUGGUAUUGUACAAACUCUGGUUUCCUGGACUUUAAAUGAUGGGUCUCCUUCUACAGAGAUCAAAGUGCCAAAUUUUCAAAACCAGUCCUUUUGUAAGGACUUGAAAGUGAAAGACGGCCAAACGUACACAAUAUUUAUCCGUUCUAUUGAUAUUGCUAAUAACACUUUUAUUGAAAACAAGACAGUUCAUAUUGACCGAUCCGUACCUCAUAUAAACAAUAUUUGGCUCGUUAAAGAUGGUAACAAAGUCCUGUUAGUUGACACUAUGACAGAUUUUUCAAAGAUGUAUUUGCAGUUUGAAGCUCUAGAUCCACACAGUGGCGUUAGACAAAUAGAGUGGGCCUUUGGUAAUACCACCACAGAACUAACUUCAGGUUCUCUGAGUGUAGGAUCUAUGAAAGAAAACUCCUGCCCACAGAGUGCUGAAAGUUGCUAUUGCCCAGAUGUCGGACAAUGUGAGAUUUUUAACUACACUGUACCACUUAACAAGCUUCUUUUGAUCAAUACACAUGUGGAUAAUCACAACAAUAAUUACUAUUUCACUUUGAAAGUCACCAACAACGCAUACUUGUUUAACAUAGAGCGUGUGGAUGUUUUCGUCAAUAAUUCCCAACCAGUGCUUGGCGUUCACUUUGAGGAAAUUCCUCAGACUUUUACACUUCAUCUAGAACAUCCACCAAGUAAGGAUCAUGAUCUUACCUGCAAUGCGGUAACUUUAAAAUGUACUACUGGGUGUAUUUUUCUGACACCAUCAUUUAUAUGGUACUAUUUGCAGUCGGAUGGAUUAGAAUCUAUUUGGUCAGAUUCAGAACCUGUAACACAUACAAGUGGGCAAUGUAAAGAAUUUGAAGUGGUGUUUACCUCUACUUUAGUACUUCAAAAGUACACUGUGUUUAAUGACGUUACUGACCAUACCGUCAGGUUUCAAUGUGGUGCAACGAUUUUAAAUAGUACUACCGAUGAAGUUAAAACACAGUCAUCUGUAAAUAUUAGAUAUGCCGUUAGAGUGGCGAAGGUAUCACUUAAGAUUGGAAAUAGUUCUAAGGCCAGUUCUCUAAACGUUACCGAUGGUAUUUCGGAAAUAUUCAAAUGUACAACUAGCUAUAGCAGACCAUUACCUACAAUUGUAUGGUAUAUAGGACGGACAGAAAAAAUAAGAGUUGUCGGUACUGAAUCAACCCUUGCAUUCAUUGCUAGUAAAGCAGAUACUGGCAAGGAUGUUUAUUGCAAAGCUUUCAAUAUUCAGCCAGAAAAUGAAGCACUAUUCUCCAACAAAGUUUCUCUCCAUGUUAAAGAUGACCCCAGUGUUGAUGUUGGCUUAGAAACUAUGGACAGUAGUGAUUUCAAAACUGCCACAAUAGUAUUGGGAAUAAUCUCUGUCAUAUGUGCUGGUACUUCAGCAGGCAUCGUGAUUUGGUUUAAACGAAAAACCAAAGGAACAGAUAGCAAAUCAUGCACUAAGUCACAUAAAAGGUAUGUGUUUCUGUUUCGUUUUUGAUAAAUAGUUUGAUAUCUUGUAUUUAUCACGUCUAGUUUUAUAUUUGAACUGUUAAACUAUUGUAAGUAAAUACAAUUCAGUGGAGCACUUCCAUACAUACAAACAUCUUUAUUUACGAGCGUCAAAACAGAAGGUCAAUAGUCUUGCAUCAUCUUCGACGUCUACGGAGGAAUGGAUAAUAAUCCUUGGUUUGAGUUGAAGAUAUACACAUUAACUGAAUAACAAUAUAAUAAAUUCCAAUGAUAAUCAGUAACGUAAACAUUUUUUUUUGUAUUUUCAUAAACCAAAUUGGUAGCUUUGACAAUACACCAUACGAAACAGAAAUGCAGGAAUGUACCGGACGUGUAUACGAGAAUCUACCGCAACAAUAUGCUGAUUUAAAGGCGUUCUCCAGAGACGACACGACAACCUAUGACGUUAUAGAUAAUAGCCAAUACCAUUCAAGUACUUAAAACAUUGGACUAUAGAGAUAACAUUAACACUAUCCCAAUACAGUCGCUGCAAAAGCUGCUAUUGAACUUCUGAUCAUUCUUCUAAACUUAUCGAGUUGUCUAUUCAUAAAAGAAAAAACAUAUCUUUAUAUCUAAGUGAAAAUGUGAUAUUUUUAUGUACGGAAUAUUUUAUUGAAUAAAUUGCUUUGUGGAAGUGUUUAAAUGUUGACGUAAGUGAAAAAUGUAUUUGUCAUUUUAAUGCGUACCUGUAGCCUUUUCGGUAUUCAAGAAAGGGGAUUUUGCUAAAUAUCCAAAUCAAUGGAAUGAACACGGAGUGGUGCUGUUACUGUUAAGUGUGCAAACGUGUAAAAGUAUUCGAGCAAAAACAUUACAAAGGUAUGGCAUACAUAUUUAGCUAAUACCUCUAAUAACAUGAUAAUACAUAGAUUAUUGAUCGUGCAUAUAAACACCUAUAAACAUCAUAGGUAAAUUUAACUAUUACAAGAACAAGUGGUCUUACAAAUUCUUUACACAGAUAUAUAAUAAACAGUAUCUCUAAAGGCAAUAAUGAGAUAGUCAUUUAACAGUAACAUGUAAAAAGUUUCACAGGUUUAUAUAAUAUGGCGUUAUCAAAGCCAUCGUCACUAAUUAAGGGUUUUCUUCUAACAUGUAACAACCUGAAUGUCAUAGUUAUUGAAAGUAGCUAAGAUGAAUGCUAAGGAUAAAUAUAUCUGCAAAUGCUUCAACAUUUGAUUUAAAUGAGCAUGACGUGUUCAAUAUUACAUUUUGUAUGUGUUUCCUUUUUCCAUCUAAAUAAGAGUAUGUAUAACUAAUUCCUUGUUAUUUGUCGGUCGUUUAGCUUGGAAUUGUACUGAAUUGUAGCGUGUAUCAUGUUUGUGUUGUUUUAUUGUUGUGAUCUGCAAGAAACGCAUAUAUUCAUAUAGCAAGAGGCAAAAAGAAAUAAAUUUCAAAACAAAACAAA